AUGGAACAGCCCGAAACGCGAGUCGCGUACAUCAGAAUCGACAAUCUGCCCCCGGGCAAGACGUGGCGGCAGGUUAAGUACCUGGUCGGGGGCAUGAUACACCACACCAGCAUCCUGCAGGUUAAGAUGCUGCCCCCGGUGCAGUCGAUAGUGCCUCCGUUCAUACCGUUCCAGAGCAGCAUUGUGUCGCUGAAGCGCUCCGACGCGCAGCUGAGCCGGCUCCUCAUGGAGCUCAACGGCUACACCUGGGAGUACUACCCACUGGUGGCGUACGCGGUGCCUCCGCUGCACGUGCCUAGCAACGCGGGCUACGGCGAGGGCCUUGGCCUCGGUUUUGGCCUCGGCAGUGGCAGCGCCGGUGGCAGCGCCGGCACAGGCGGCAGCCGCAGCGGCAGCGACGUGCCGGGCUCUCCGCGCGCACCCGGCUCCGCGCCCGUGCCGCCCAUGAUGAUGCCCUUCCAGCCCAUGCCCGCCAUGUACUUCCCGCCGCUUGCACAGGAGCCCUACGCGCGCCAUGUGCAGUCCCACGGCAAAAAGAUGCGGCAAGUGUUCAGCGAGGAGAGUUUCCGGAAGCAGAUGAGCGCCCGAGGCAUGUGGCAGCUGCUGCUCGAGGGCUUCCCGCCCUGCCUGCACUGGGACGUCAACGGUGCGGACGGCGCGGGCCUUCAGCAGUCGCCUCUGCUGGGCCCGCCACCAGCGGUCCACGUGAAAACGGCACACCCGGAGCACUUUGGCAAACUCAAAUGGACAGUGCUCAAGGACUUCAUAAAGCUCAAGUGCCACAAGCUGCUGGAGAUGGAUAACAUGGGGGCUACCACGAACACCCGGGAAUUUUACGUGGGCGUCUACGAGGACUGCGAGGUCAGAACCGAUGUUGAGGUACCUGAACAGGACGCGGGCCAGGAGCCGAAUGGCGUAGAGGCCUCAGACGAGUCCCCUGAGGAGUCAACUUCCGAGACCGCGACCACGGCUUCGGCGAAGGGCUCCGCAGAAAACGAACUAGAGAAAGCUACCCAAAGCAUAUCUCGGUUAUCAUUGGGCCCCAGCCACCGCGUCGUUUCGGCCACUAUCUACAAAGCAAUUGUGGGAUUUCACUCCCGGGAAUUGUGUGACAUGUGCCGAGAGAGCUUGCAAGGUCAGGAAUACUCUCUGGGCUACAAGCUGAAGGUUACAGAAUUACCCCUUUUAGAGUGGUGA